UGACAAUGACGCUUCAUGGAUAUUAGAAGUUUUAAAGAUAAAUUUAAGAGAAUAUCAAAAGAAGUUUUCAGAACCAAAUAAUCAGCAAAAUUUAUUGCAAUCUAACGAACGUCUCACCAUAGACCUGUUUAAAGUACCAUAUCAUGGCUCAAGAAUUAAUUCUAUAAUUGCAGAAACAUAUGUUCCUAAGUACGUAAAUCAACAAUUUACACUAAUGAUGAUUCUAUAUUAUGGUGGUUAUUUUAAUUUUUAUGAUAAUGACGACAAAGCAGAUAUUGUUGCAGAUUUCGAACUUAUGUUUAACCUUACAAAUUUUGAAAUAUUCGAAGAAGCAGCUCUAUCAAAAGAAUAUCUAACAUCUGCAUUUGAUCCAACUGAAAUAAAUUGGCCCGAUAUUGGAAGAAAAUUAUAUGGUUUUUACAAAAAUAAUCAAAAUAGUGAUCCAAUUAAUUGGAAAAAAUAUGAUUUUAUCAAAAAUAGAGAUAACAUCUGUGAAGAAGAACUUGAUCG